AUGAUUACGAGGCAAUCAGUCAGAUGGAUAAAGCAAGCAGCAUGCUGGGGACGACCUCGCCUUGGACCCAAUAAUGGACCACCGUCAGGCAUGAUUAGAAAAAGGCGCUUGAUGGAUAGAUGUCACUGUUACACUACAGACAGCGCCACUUCGACUCGUCCUCGUGCUGAAGGACCUAUUCUCCCAAAACCUACAAUCAUCUAUUCGGACAACCACAUCCUUGUCGUGAACAAACCCUCUGGGUGGCAUGUGGUUCCCAACAAACCUGAAGAAGUAGUCAGUUCCAAAGAGGGCGAACCACAAUCUCGCAAUACUAGAACUAAAUGUUUGCUGACACAACUCCAAGAAAAUCGAUUGGGAGGAGGAAGUCAAAAGCACUUUUUGAAGCCAUUGCAUCGCAUUGAUCAGCCAUGUACUGGGGUGGUUCUAUUCGCCAAGACGUCCAAGGCAGCCUCUCGGAUAUCCAAAGCAUGGAAAGCCAACAAAGUGCAAAAGACAUAUCUCUGCUUGAUACAGCCUCACAAUUUGGAGUCGUUGAGAUGCAAUUCAAUCAGCAUACACGACAACAAUAGCAACCAACAUCAUCAAUGGUGGAAACUAGAAGGAUAUCAACACAAGAGGAAGAAACGGGUGGAUUCGGUGCGUGGAUGGUCUGUCAUUACAACACCCAACGACCCCCGACAAGAUGCACGUCCCGUGUCGAUCCGAUGGAGACAAACACAGCUCAUUUCCAAUGUACUACUCGUGGAAACCAAUCAAGGUGCUCGGCAUAUGAUUCGGGCUCUGCUGUCGCAAGUCGGAAAGUGUCCCAUUCUGGGCGAUAGUCGCUAUGGCUUCAACAACAAGAGUACUAUAACACCAUCAUCUUCGUACCGUCAUUCGGUCGCCCUACAUGCUCGUGGCAUCGUCUUGCCGGAUGAUUUAACGUUGGGGACCACCACACAACGAUAUUUUGAGGCUCCCAUUCCAAAUCGUGAUAAUAUUUGGAGAGAUGCCCAUGGACACCAGAUCCAGGAGCAACACAUCCAGCGGGCUUUGGAGGCAUAA